GCGCAUGCGCGGAGGCACCGCCUGCUCCGCCGAGCGCGCAGCGGGCGUUGGGGCAGCGCGGGGCGGCAGCGCUGGCCCUGCUCCGCUCCCGGGCGGCGAUCUCAGUACUCAACUAAUUCCUCCCUUAAUUGAGAAAACUCUCCUAAAACAAGGAAAUCGUCCUCCCAUUCCACAUGAAGAGUGAAAGAUAAAACUGUGGAGACCAAAUCUGGUCCAGGCUUGAUAUUUGCAAGUUCGCAGCCUUGACAGCAAUCACCAUGGAUAGUGUGUUCUUAACAGAGGACAAAGCCAACUCUGUGUUGAAAAGAUACCCAAGAGCCAACACAUUUCUGGAAGAAAUAAAGCAAGGUGACAUAGAACAUGAAUGCAGAGAAGAAAUCUGUAGCUAUGAAGAGGCGAGAGAAGCAUUUGAAAAUGAGGAAAAAACGAAGGAGUUCUGGAAAGUCUACAAAAACGGACUGCAGGGAGAAAGUAACACAGGACAUAACUGGUAUUCAUUUUACCUUACAUUUCCAUUAAUCAUUGGCCUUUUUGUUAUCCUCAUUGUCGCUUUUGUCAUCUGGAGAUGCCUGUUUAAAAAGAAGAUGCGCAGGCAGUCGGUGUACGUGCACAGGGGAGCCCACGGCGCGCUGGGCGAUGGUGCUGCUGGCAGAGGGCCCCUCCCGCCGCCUCUCAGCAUUGUUCAUUCCCCGCAGGAGGAAAUGUAUGAGGUCAGUGGGCUCUCUCCAGGAGGUCUGAGCUAUUCGGAUGCACGGUCAGACUCAAUAUCCACAAGGCUCUCAAACUGUGAUCCUCCUCCUUCCUAUGAGGAAGCCACUGGGGAAAUCAGUGUGAGAAGAAGCGAAACUGAGCAGCAUUUAGAUCCACCCCCGCAGUACGAAGACAUUGUGAAUUCCAGUUCAGCCACUGCCAUAGCACUAACCCCCAUUGUCACCAGUACUAAGUAAAACAAGAAGAAUGCCAUGGACCUUUUAAAAAUCAUUAAUCAUUUUGUAGCACUUUAUCUUGGCUUAUUAUGCAUUUCUGUAAUUUAACGGACUUGUAUACGAUGAAUUUCACCUUUUCUAGGUUCACUCGUUCUUUGGGUUUGGGAUUUUUUUUUCCCUAUCAAAUGUCUUAAAAGAUAAGGAAUCUGUAUUGAGAGUGUAGUGCAGAUACAGAUGUGGUGCUCUGUCAUACUUCUCAAAAGUACCUCUGUUUUGAAGGAUGUCACUUGUUUUAUUCCAAACACUGUCCACAUUCCCCACAAGAUUUGUGGGAUACCCCUCCCCUUUCUUACUGCAGACUGUCAGAAUUCCCUGCAAUAGGGAAUCCUUAAGUAACAUUUUAGUAGUUAUUUACACUAGAGGGGACUGAUUUUGCAGUAUUGCCUCUUGUCUGGUUUGUUCCUUUUUCUCACCUCGAUUUUUGUUACAUGCUGCACCCUCUCCUGGCACUCGGGAGGCUUGGGAGCCUUUGUGUUCAAACCAGGAUCUCGUGUAGAGAAUGCUGGUGUAACAGCAAUAAUUCCAGAGUCCUAGCAGGAGAAGUGUGUUCUAAAGCUUUGAUAUUACAGCUCAAAAUUCUGUAAAUGUGUAGAAGCUGACAAAUCAAGACACUAAUUGGUGAAUUUAAUGGUGAAAGUUUUUGUCUGUGUUCUGUUUUCCUGUUUCCCUAUCUGGUUUUACUGGUUUUACUUUUGUAUUUUAGAGGUGGGAAGUGUGCAUAUGUUAACUUCAGAACUUGAAAGUUCAUGCAACAGUAAUAGUGAAGUACUCAAGAGUGGAUAAAAUCCUGAUUAUGGACUUCCUACUGUGAUUUUCACUGGGACCAGAAUGUAAUCUAUAAGCACAUACACCCAAAGGCAUUACUUUCCUUUUUAAAGGGAGAAAAAGGAAAGAAAAUCAGUGUCUGUGACUUCCUUUUGUCCCAAAUAUGAAAACCUUCCAUAAGGUUUUGCCAGCUAUAAACAUAAACCCUUUCCUAAAGUUCUGAUACUCCCUUACCUACUCACAUGUACCUUGUAUGCACCUUGUACUGGUGCCUGUGGAAAUUCUUUGCAGAGAAUAUAAAUAUCUUUUUUCAACAAAAAAUAAAUUUAUUGCCUAUCCAUUCCAACAAGGAAUUCUAAGAACAUGCAGGCAUAACCCCAAGCAUUAGUGUGGAGUGACUUUUUGAGGCUGAAGAGAAGGAUGCAAGUUACAUACAGGCUUGUACAGAAUUUCAUCCACUUGGUUUAGGUGAUAAAAAUUCUAGUGUGGUGAUUCUUUUACAGGUUGAUUUAAAAGUUAAUUGCUCUGUUUAAUUUCUGAGUAUUAGGUUUCAGUUUUCUUUCUUCCCACACCAAGUAUCGUGGCAUUAGUUUAGUACUCUUCUGUGUUCUACUAAUCAAUUAACACCAAUUGAAAGAUGUUGAGCCCUGAAGGACUAAAUUAUGUUAUGUUGGCUUUCUUGCAACAGAAACCCAAACUGUCUUGUUUCAAACACCCCAGAUAAAAUGCCAGUGCUAUCUGUUUGAAAUUCCUCUUAAUGUCCCUCUCAUGGGGGCUUGGCCCAACUGUUCCCAAAGGAUUUUUGUGGAAGGAAGUGGAUGGUUAUAGAUGGUGUGUAAAUGUUCACUUUGAUAAGAAUAUGAUCUAACCUAUUGACAAGUGCAGUCAGGAGUUCUCAUUUUUGACAAAGAGUAAGUUGCCUUUGUUGCCUGCUGGGGAUCUUCAGCUGCUAAGGCAAGUUGUAUUAGAGAUGAACUCCUGGCCAAACUCCUGCCUCCAUUGUCAAAACUAUAAUUUGUAUUUAUAUUCAUUACAUAUAAUAGGUGUAUUAAGAUAAGUAGAUAAGUACAGUAUAUUUUGGACACUUGUAGUAAAAAUUUCCUGGGUUUUGUUUGUGGACUGUCAGACUUUUUCUUUUGAAGUGGUUUUAGCCCUUGUGAAUCCUGAAUUGCCACUUGUGGAAGCUAAAGCUCCUUUCAAACCGAGCAAGAGUUAGUAAAUAAACUGCUUUAUGCAGAUUCUGCAGAACAAAGUGCCUCAUCCCAGCAUGCAGGAACCACCUCAGGAAGAGCUGGUACUUCAUUGUCUGUGCCAUAUUGGCACCUCCUGUGCCUGCCAGCACAGAUAGGAGUUUUAGCAGUAACUUCCUUGUCAGGAUAUAGGACUUUCCUGUAGGAAAUGCAUGGAGAUCACCCAUGUUACAUUAGCUUGUUUAGCAGCUGUCAUCAUCCCUGGACAUGGGCAGUCUGCUUUAGUAAUUUAGAGAUGAGCUGGCUUUUCCCUUCUUUCUGUGUUUUCUUUA